AUCCACGACAGCGACACCAGGCCAGGCGCCAUUUACGCUCCUUUAUACGCUUCCGCCUAGAGCCUAUCGCCAAUUGGUGUCCCCUUAACUUUUUCAGCCUCUCACCGCACCUAUUCGUCACGUUCUCAUCGCAGCCAUGGCCAGCACAACCGUCAUCAACGCAAACGCGACGUCGAAGCUCCAGCCGUCCACGGCACCACCAAUUGAGCCCCUCAAGAACGAAACGGCGCGUCUUUAUACCCACAUUCAUCCGAUACUCGUCCUAUCCGUAUAUGCCUUCAAGUUUCCCGCUUUGGUCGCAGACCCGGUGCCGACGCUUCUUACCACACUCGCACCACUCGCUGUGCUACAGGUUGCGUUUGUAGCAGUAUGCCUACCUCCCACGGGCGGGACACCCACAAUGCGAAAGCAGAAGCCGGGUGAAAAGAAGGGCAAGGCGCCUAACAAGCUGGAACAAGGGUUGAAUUCUAAGAUUGUCCCGGCUUUCCUAUCGCUCCUUCUUGCCGCCUUCGCCGCGACUCCCCUCUUCACAGCAACUCUCAUCCUAUUCGGCGCGCCCGUCACCACGCAUCACCUACAAACCCUCCUUUGUGGCGCCCACGUUGCGCUUCUGAGCACAUUGCCUUUGGUAUACGUACAUGGCGUAGAUGGCGAAACCUGGAGGCAGAUCAUUGCGCUCCUCUUACCAAUAGACGAGGUCUAUGGUGGGCUGCUAGGAACGGUGCUUGGAGCCUGGUUGGGUGCUGUACCGAUUCCGCUGGAUUGGGACCGCGAAUGGCAAAAAUGGCCCGUCACAAUUGUUACAGGAGCGUACAUCGGAUACGCAGUCGGCAAACUGCUCGGAGGUACACUGUUGAAGGGAAAGAAGAUUAUGUUCGACUAGGGGAGCGUGGGCGAGAUUGAUAUGCUUUGAUUCCAUUCCGGGUCAUUUCCAGCCUUAGGUUCAAAUGACCGAGGCAGACAAUGUUGGGUACAAAUAGGAGCGACCUGUUCCACAUUGAUUCGGUCCGCCUUGCUGCUAGCUAGGAGCAUAGUCGAGAUAGUGACGAUGUCAAUAGAUUGGAUGAAUAGAACCCAGGCCAAAUCUCGGCAUGGCUCAGGCUCGUCACAAACAA